AUUUUUCUCUUGACUUUGUCACCGAGCAAUGCUUUGCUUUUCGCGCUUGUGAUCUCCUUGUCAGUCGCAGUCUCGGCUUGGGGCGGGUCGACUCAGGGAGUGUGGUGGUAUGUCGGGUGUGUGGCUGUUUCGAGACGGCGUGGCCACGCUUGUGCGGAAUCCGAUGAAGCAACCGCUGGACAACUUCAAGGCUUGGGAGCCGCCAAAGAAGCAGCUCGUGUACCGGGCCACGAACGAAGUCAUCACGUCUUUCGAUCUGCUCGAGGACAAGCUUUUCGCGCUGGGAUGGGAGAGGUGUGAUUCCGAGGCGGAGGAGAGCCGGCAGUACUUUCGCAGCGUCAACGGGCCAUACUUCAUCUCGCUGCCGGCGGACUUCACCAAGCUGAAGACGACACACAUGUAUGACAUUGUUGUCCAAAGCCGGACUGCGUUCGAGGUCCGCGAUGUGCUCAAACACCACCAGCACAGCUGACAGUUAUCUAUGCUUCGCUACGCUCGUCAGAUGAUCCUCCUCCAAGUCCGGACAGCCCCGCGCUGGGAUUGGACCAUAUAUGAGGACCACCCAAGUCCGCAAUGAAAAGAUUUUCCAGAGUCAUUUCGUUCCUCUCAA